CCUUGCGCGCUCCCGCCCUGCUUCGCGGCUUCCGGUGGCGGCGGCGGCGGGAGCGUGUGCCGGGCGGCGGCAGCAGCAGCAGCCAUAGCCAUAGCCAUGGCGUACCGCGGGCAGGGCCAGAAGGUGCAGAAGGUGAUGGUGCAGCCCAUCAACCUCAUCUUCCGCUACCUGCAGAACAGGUCCAGGAUCCAGGUGUGGCUUUAUGAGCAAGUGAACAUGCGGAUAGAAGGCUGCAUCAUUGGCUUUGAUGAAUAUAUGAACUUGGUGCUGGACGACGCAGAGGAAAUUCACUCCAAAACAAAAUCAAGGAAACAGCUGGGUCGGAUCAUGUUAAAAGGGGACAAUAUCACUCUUCUGCAAAGUGUUUCUAACUAGGAUUUGUUGUUUUUUGCUUAGAACAAUGGCUGCGGUGCUUCGGAGUUAAUAAAGCGCUAGUGGGAGCAGGACCAGCUAGUAGACAGGAAGUUAUGUGUAACUGGGGUCGCAUGCAGAAUUGAAAACUGCACAGUCUUUUGUGCGAGUGAUUUUUUUUUUUGUAGUUUGAAACGAUGCACAGUGUAUUUCGCAAAUAAACAUUUUUCACAUUAACUGUAAAUGUAAA